CCAGGAAUUGAUGCGCUUACAAUUGGCGGGUCAUUAUGCUGCUCCACCUGUGUAGUGUUAAGAAUCUGUACCAAAACAGGUUCCUGGGCCUGGCAGCCAUGGCGUCUCCAUCUAGGAACUCACAAAAUCGGCGCCGGUGCAAAGAGCCGCUCAGAUACAGCUAUAACCCUGACCAGUUUCAUAACAUGGACAUCAGGAACAAUUCCCACGAGACAGUCACCAUUCCUAGGUCUACCAGUGACACAGACCUUGUCACUUCAGACAGCCGAUCCACCCUGAUGGUCAGCAGCUCCUACUAUUCUAUUGGGCACUCACAGGACCUGGUGAUAUACUGGGAUAUAAAGGAGGAAGUGGAUGCAGGGGACUGGAUUGGCAUGUAUCUCAUAGAUGAAGUCUUGUCUGAAAACUUUCUGGACUACAAGAACCGUGGAGUCAAUGGCUCUCAUCGUGGUCAGAUUGUCUGGAAGAUUGAUGCCAGUUCUUACUUUGUGGAGCCUGAAACAAAGAUAUGCUUCAAAUACUAUCACGGUGUGAGUGGGGCACUACGAGCCACAACUCCAAGCGUCACGGUGAAAAACAACGCAGCUCCCCAGAUUUUUAAAAGCAUCACCAAUGAAGAUUCAAUCCAGGGACAGGGAAAUCGGAGGCUGAUAAGUUUUUCAUUGUCAGAUUUCCAGGCUUUUGGUCUGAAGAAAGGAAUGUUUUUCAAUCCAGAUCCUUAUCUGAAGAUUUCCAUCCAGCCUGGGAAACACAGCAUCUUCCCAGCACUUCCUCAUCAUGGACAGGAGAAAAGAUCUAAGAUCAUGUGCAAUACAGUUAACCCAAUCUGGCAAGGAGAGCAAUUCAGCUUUGUCUCCCUGCCCACGGAUGUCCUGGAAAUAGAAGUUAAAGACAAAUUUGCAAAGAGCCGACCGAUUAUCAAGCGUUUCCUGGGAAAACUCUCUAUGCCAGUUCAGCGCCUCUUGGAAAGACAUGCCAUAGGGGACAGGGUUGUAAGCUACACUCUCGGUCGCAGGCUUCCUACAGAUCAUGUCAGUGGCCAGCUGCAGUUCCGAUUUGAGAUAACUUCUUCCAUUCAUCAAGAUGAUGAAGAGGUCUCCAUUAGUGCAGAUCCUGAGCCAGCUGACCUCCAGGAAAGCCCUGUGAACAACCCCACGGAGGAAAGCCUCGGUGAGCCUCCAUGCAUCAACACGGUGACCUCAGAAAAUACAGUUCCAGAAGAGCUAAAUGGAUACAGUGUGAACAAUAUUGAUAGCCCAGGGGCUGUCAAACCACCCAGGGAAGUCAACCAGAACAACAUAAAUGAAGAGCUAGCAGGAGAUGAGGAGGUUGAUGCCGUGCCAGUUCCUGAGCCCCUGGAAUCCAUCCGAGGAGAAGUGCUGCCUUCUUUAAACACGACGGACCUCACGGAGCAGCUGGGUCUGCUGGCUUGCGUGUCUUCUUCUGAGACUGAAGUUAGGGAAAACAGCAAAGUCAAUUCUGGUACUCAGGGAGAUGAUGGAAUAUUGAACAGCACAGAAACUUUAGAUGUCAAUGAGGUGAGUGCAGAUGUGUAUGCUGACAAAGACCUAGAGAAGAGUCAGGAAGAAGGAGGUGCUUCAGCUCAAGAGGAGGAAGACAGCAAGCUACAGCUGAGGACCACAGCAAAGAGGAAAACAAGGCCAUGCUCCCUGCCUGUGUCUGAACUAGAGACAGUUAUAGCUUCAGCUUGUGGUGAGCCAGAGACGCCCCGCACUCACUAUAUAAGAAUUCACAACCUGCUCCACAGCCUGCCCUCAGCACAGAUGAGCAGUGAUGGGGAAGAAGAGCAAGAUGCUGGCAACGGCGGGGAGAAUGAUGAAGAGUCCACAGUCAAGGAGGUGUUGCAGAAGGAGACAGUCAGUGAGAGUGAGACAGUGGCAGCAGAGCCUCCUCCAGAAAAUGAGACAGAGGAGAACUUCAGCCAGUGCACAGUGCCUCCCGGGACCUUAGACGAACAACUCUCUGACUUAAAUGAUGGGCUGGUGGAUGGGGAAAACCCCAGGACAGGAAGCGAAAGCGAGUCAAGCUCUAGACCCAAUGGUGACAAUGAAUGUGAGGCGUGCGACACCUCUUGCUACAGCCCCUCCUGCUAUAGUACCUCCUGCUACAGCACUUCCUGCUACAGCACCUCCUGCUACAGCACCUCCUGCUAUGACAGUAACAAUCGCUUCUCCAGCCAUACCCGCUUCUCCUCUGUUGACAGUGCAAAGAUUUCUGAGAGCACGGUCUUUUCCUCUCAGGAUGAUGAGGAGGAGGAGAAUAGCGCUUUUGAAUCUGUGCCAGACUCAGUACAGAGCCCUGAGCUGGACAGGGAGCAAGUGGAUGGCUCCUCCCAGUGGCCAGAUGAACUAGUAGCUCAUGGUGGGAAUCCACAACUAGCCACAGAAAGUCUAGACACCCCAAUAGCAGGUCCAAGCAGCAGAAGAGAAGGUGAUUGUCCUUUACUCCAUAAUUCUCAGCCAGUCAGCCAGCUUCCUUCUCUGAGGCCUGACCAUCAUCACUACCCAACUAUCGAUGAGCCUCUUCCACCAAAUUGGGAAGCUCGGAUAGACAGCCACGGGAGGGUGUUCUACGUUGACCAUGUCAACCGAACUACCACAUGGCAGCGCCCCACAGCUGCAGCAACACCAGAUGGGAUCCACAGGUCUGGCUCUAUCCAGCAAAUGGAGCAGCUGAACCGGCGAUACCAAAAUAUCCAGCGAACUAUUGCAACAGAGCGGGCUGAAGAUGAUGGUGUGGUAAACAACAGGGUGGAGAGAGUUCCCACUGGAGGAGGAAGUGACUCUGAGGCAGAGCCUUCCCAACCAAGCUCAGAGAUUAGGAGGGAAGGUUCCCUUUCUCCUGUGAAUUCUCAAAAAAUCACCUUAUUGCUGCAGUCUCCAGCUGUGAAGUUUAUCACCAAUCCCGAGUUCUUCACUGUGCUGCAUGCAAACUAUAGUGCCUAUCGAGUCUUCACUAACAGUACCUGUUUGAAGCAUAUGAUUCUGAAGAUCCGUAGAGAUGCUCGUAAUUUUGAGCGCUAUCAGCACAACAGAGACCUUGUAAAUUUUAUCAACAUGUUUGCUGACACCCGACUAGAACUUCCUCGUGGCUGGGAAAUAAAAACUGAUCAGCAGGGCAAGUCUUUCUUCGUUGACCACAACAGUCGUGCUACCACAUUCAUAGAUCCCAGGAUCCCACUGCAGAAUGGUCGUCUCCCUAAUCACUUGACUCACAGGCAACAUCUUCAGCGGCUUCGUAGCUACAGUGCUGGAGAGGCUUCUGAAGUCUCUCGGAACAGAGGAGUUACUCUGUUGGCCAGACCAGGCAAUAGUCUCGUAACAGCUAUUCGAAACCAGCACCAUUAUGAGACAUUACCUCUGGCUUACAAUGACAAGAUUGUUGCAUUUCUACGCCAACCUAACAUUUUUGAGAUGCUGCAAGAGCGUCAGCCCAGUUUGGCCAGAAACCAUGCACUCAGGGAGAAGAUCCAUUAUAUUCGGACAGAGGGUACGCAUGGGCUUGAGAAGUUGUCCUGUGAUGCAGAUUUAGUAAUUCUGCUGAGCCUUUUUGAAGAAGAUAUCAUGUCCUACAUACCACUCCAGGCCACUUUCCAUCCUGGUUACAGUUUCUCUCCUCGCUGCUCACCCUGCUCAUCACCCCAGAAUUCUCCAGGACUGCAGCGAGCAAGCGCAAGAGCACCCUCUCCAUACAGGAGAGAUUUUGAAGCCAAACUACGCAAUUUCUAUCGAAAACUUGAAGCCAAAGGAUAUGGACAAGGUCCAGGUAAAAUUAAGCUAAUUAUACGACGUGACCACUUACUGGAAGGCACCUUCAACCAGGUGAUGGCAUAUUCACGCAAGGAGCUCCAGCGAAACAAACUUUACAUCACAUUUGUUGGCGAGGAAGGACUGGACUACAGUGGCCCCUCUCGAGAAUUCUUUUUCCUUCUGUCUCAGGAGCUCUUCAAUCCCUAUUACGGGCUGUUUGAGUAUUCAGCCAAUGACACUUACACUGUACAGAUCAGCCCCAUGUCUGCCUUUGUUGAAAAUCACCUGGAAUGGUUCAGAUUCAGCGGUCGUAUUCUUGGCCUUGCUCUCAUUCAUCAGUACCUUCUUGAUGCUUUCUUCACAAGGCCGUUCUACAAAGCACUGUUAAGACUGCCAUGUGAUUUAAGUGACUUAGAGUACCUGGAUGAAGAGUUCCAUCAAAGCUUGCAGUGGAUGAAAGAUAACAACAUCACAGAUAUCCUGGAUCUCACCUUCACAGUGAACGAGGAGGUGUUUGGACAGGUGACAGAGAGAGAGUUGAAAUCUGGAGGGGCAAAUACAGCAGUGACAGAAAAGAACAAAAAAGAGUACAUCGAGAGAAUGGUUAAAUGGCGAGUGGAACGAGGAGUUGUUCAACAAACAGAGGCCCUGGUCCGUGGCUUCUAUGAAGUUGUAGACUCCAGGCUUGUCUCUGUUUUUGAUGCCAGAGAACUGGAGCUGGUUAUAGCUGGCACUGCAGAAAUAGAUCUCAAUGACUGGCGUAACAACACGGAAUAUCGUGGAGGUUACCAUGAUGGACACAUUGUAAUACGGUGGUUCUGGGCAGCAGUGGAGAGGUUUAACAAUGAACAGAGACUCCGGUUGUUGCAGUUUGUUACUGGAACAUCAAGUGUGCCAUAUGAGGGCUUUGCAGCUCUCCGAGGAAGCAAUGGGCUUCGGCGCUUCUGUAUAGAGAAAUGGGGGAAAAUAACCUCCCUUCCAAGGGCACACACAUGUUUCAACCGUUUGGAUCUUCCACCUUACCCCUCAUAUUCUAUGCUGUAUGAAAAGCUGUUGACAGCUGUUGAAGAAACUAGUACCUUCGGACUUGAAUGAGGGAGUUCAGGCAAUUCUGGUGUUUUUCUGGUUGUUGAUGUCAUCUUUUCAACAUCAUUCAAUAUUGGUUUCCCAUGUUUUUAUUUUUGACAAUAAAACAAAAAAGAAUCAAGAUUGACAAAGGCUAUGCAUGAAGAACUGCCACCCUCCAAGAUCUAACCUUCAUGCUUUCAUCCUGUUUCCUAUGGACUGCUAGUCUGUAUGCAAUAGAAAAACAACUGUCUCAAGGUUUCUGUAUAUCUCUACAUACCUCCAUUAAUAACAAUGAAAAUACAAAUGCAAGUUACACUACACUUGAUCAAAUGUUAGUAAAUGUUUACUUCCACCUACGUUGAUUAAAAAAUAAAAAAAAAUUUAAAAAAAUAAAAAUCAAGCAUUCCAAGCUUUUAUAUACCCACAUUUUCUAAAUCAAUUUGCAGCCCAUCUUACUUCCUAACAGUUGAGCACAGUACUAGGAGCUGGUCAAAUAUAUUCUUCAUCCAUUCUUCUUUUCUCUGUACAUACUGUCCAUCUCAGAGACACUUACGAACAAAACUGAAAUUUUUGUAUACGAACUCACAUCAGUUGCAUCAGCUGGACCUGGCCCAGAUUCACGGUGCAGAUAAGACCUUCAAAAACUUAAAAAACAACCUGUUUUUUAUGCAAAUCGUAACAGCGGUUGCUACAGUUGUUCCUUGCCAGUGCUGGAGAGAACUUGCACUUCAGAGAUAUGGGGAGGGGUAUCUCUAUUGUGAUGUUCACCGCACCAGAAGCACAAGUUUGUGCACACUAAAGAAGGAUAUCUUAUUAUGUAGCAUAAAGACCAGGCUUCCUUACCUUAGUACUGUAUGCGGCAAGGAAAAGGGGAAAUAAGGUGAAUGUUCCACUCUUGUGAAUACCCUUGGAUUCUGUCUACCAGAUCUUUGUUUUCUGAUGUUUAAAAUGCUCCUUUCCAAAUGGAAGUUCGGACAAUUCCAUCGCCUGUGUCAGAAGCCAUUUAUUGUCUGUCAGACUGGGCUAAUCUAUGGUUGCUGGGGACAGGUUUUGGUUUUGUCAUUUUUCUUUUCUUGUUCAGUGCAAAUCUCCGUAACCUUGAGAGUGGUUGUAGAAUGAAAGUUUUAGUCUAGGAUCUAUUGAAUGAGAAGCUGCAGUGAAUGGUGGUGCUAGUCAAGGAUGAAGGGUACUGUAACUCUGUUAUGGUUAAAAUUUUGUUGUAGUUCCUCUUGGAGUCAACCCAAAAGUCCUCCGGCCAUGACCAAACUUAAGAGCAAUCUCUUAUUACUUCAAGCAGAACCCACUUCAAAUUGGUGUACUUUGCAUUCCUACUCUGAAACCAGGGAAGAAAAGGAAAACAGCAGUAGGCUUGUUUUUGGAAGGAUUUUGCUGAGGCUGUUACAGGAAACAUAACUGCUCUGUUGUGUUCUACUUAUUAAGAUUUGCUGCCCUUGUUUUCCAAGACUGAUCUCAAAUUGAAAGUGUUUGUCUUAACUGGGAAAAGACAAUAAGUAUAAUUACUUAUGAUGCUAAACAUGUGAAAGGAUGCAUGAAAUAGGAGGUGAGAAACUUGUGAAGGAUGAGUGAAGAUAAGAAAGAAGGAAACCUCAUAGUAUCCAGCAGUUCAGAUGAAAAAUUGUUACAGUUGUGUGCUAGCUGUGCUUCAGAGUGAUUAAAAUCAGAUUACUUCAAUGUCUGACAUGUCUUAUUCGCAGUUUUAUCUCCAGACAAAAGAACUGAACCCUGCUUUCUCACAUAAUUUAAUGGUGGCUGCACAAACUCAUCGCACUUGAAAAACUGCCUUCUUAGAUUUGUACCACUCUGCUUUGAUUCUUAGGUUAGGAGACGUCUGAAAGGUGAGGGCACCCAAAGUAUGUUUCUAGAGAGUAGGUAUUAUUAGUGAUAUAGAAAAUAUUUGGGAUACUCAUGUUGCCCCAUUCAUUCUAUUUCUCUAAUUUCUUCGGCCUCUUUUAUAGUAAUUUAUUGCAUGGCUUUUACUGAGAACGUAUUUUAAAAUACAUGUUAUUCAUAUUGAGUACAGUUGCGUAGGGAUGCCUUAACUACAUGUCACCUUUCUUAUACCAGACACCAGAAAUUAUGCCUGUUAUUUCCACAAAACUCGAGCAUCUACUGCACGUGCUCAGCCCCACUACUCAGCAGAGUAAAGACGGAGUCUUUUUUUCUGAGAACAUCUGUCACAUGCACAUGAACUACAUAAGGGUGAGUCAAAGCGUAAGAGACCAAACAUAAUCUUCCAGUGCACAUUAUUUCUGCUUCUUCACCACUGGGCUCCAAAAUUCAGUGAGGUCCUGAUUUAUUCCUACUCAUAUUAAUGUAACAGAGUUAUCUGUACUUUGUCUUCCAACAAUAGAAGAAAAGGCAGAUAAGUAUCCAGUUGGUUUGGCAAAAGAGAACAGUGCAUGCAGAGCUGUCUCAUUGACAUAGUAAAAGAAGUUAAAAAAAAAAAAAAUUCUUUACAAUGCUGUAUAGUUAAUUUUUUAAGUAUUUAAAACUCUAUUUUAUUAAGAAAAGGUGUAACUAUUUUUUGUAGCAUAAUAAAAGAUAUUUGUAUUUCAGAGGCAGCAUCAAAACCCACUGACUGAAAAACAAAAGCUUUCUCUUGAAGUUCUUUUUCACAACAUAUUCUGGCCCUCACCACACACUGAGCUCUAAAUAAGGUGCCAUGCAUCUCCAUGUUUGACAAAUGCCAUCUCAAGCAGCUUGUGUGUUCUUGCUCUAGAAAAUAUACCGCACAGCCUGCUACUUCCCAUCAAAAUCCUUAGUCCAAGCUAGCUGUCGAGUGCACAAGCUAGGAGUAUUUUUAGAAGUUGUUAUUUGUAGAUGUUUGUGAUGACAUCAAAGUAACAAGAUCAUGCAAAUUUUGUUGAAGGAUUUUUGUUUGUUUGUUUGGGGUUCUUAGUUUUUGUUUGCUUGUUUGUUUUAGUCUAAAGUCAGAAAUAGAGGAAAGCAGACAAAUAUUUUCAUAAAGAAAACACCAUGCUACUCUUGCUUUUCUUUCACAUUCCAUCUCUAUCCCUCUGUCUUCCCAAACGUCCUACCCUGAUAUGUUUUCAAACACUGAUAUCAUCUCUGGGAUAUGCAGAUCUACACCUCACAAGGCAUUUUUCCGUUCAUACCACAGCCUGAGUCUGGACCCAAUAUGAAGUGAAGGGGAAGCUGUGCACCUUGGUUUCCUUGUACAUUGGAGUGAGGGAGAGAAUGAUGCUAACAAGUGAGGGGAAGAACACAUUUCCUUUGCCCUGUUAUUAAAACUGUCCAUUACGAAAUAAAUUGAAUAAUUAUGCAAGACAUACAGCCUUCCUUGUUCAUCUUAUGAUUCAAAUGUUAUUGUUAGUAUAUGUGCUCUCUUCCCCGAUCUGCAUUUUCAUUUGUAAAAUAUAACUGUUAACUACAGAAUUUCUGGUUUCAGUUUCUCGUAGGAAAGACUUUCAAAUUUUGCUUCAAGCAGACUUACAGUGAAAUACACGAGCAAUGAGCUUUCAAAAAAUCUGUUCAACUCCUUUACCUCAGUUCACAUUGCAUGUGCUGUUGGCUAUAUUAAGAUAUGACACGAACAUCAGCAGAUUUUAAGAUGCGAAUUAAAAGUGGAAUAGGCAAUCUGACAGCUUUUUUGAAAUGCAGUCUCUGACAGGAGGAAUGGGUGAUGGUAGUUUGUACAUCUGGGUUCAGAGGUUUUACUUUUCUCAAAGUGUUUGUUGUGAUGGCAUUAAUGGUAGAAGAAACGGAGUACUGCUGUUGUGAAAUCCUGGUGCUGUAGUAGCCUUAUGCUGAAGAUAAUAGAAUUUGAAGGCCCUCCACCUUGAAGUAGCCACACUGACUGUACAUAAGCUAUGUAGCAUUUGAUCCAGUACAGUCACAGCUGUACCUUACUGUUGUCUGCAUCAGGUCUAAACCUUAAAACGUCAUUUCAGUCUGCAGUACAUUCUGUGAGCAUCCAGUCUCAAUCAUGUGGCUGUGCAUAUUUGGAACUCAAUUUUAUGUUCGAGGGAGUUCUGUGGCUAUGACAAGGCAAGGAGUAAGUGGUCCAAAUUACACCAAACAUCUAAUGGAGAGGUUUUGAGUUUUGUACAAUCUGACACAGAACUUUUUUCACCGAGUUUUCUCAAGUGCCCGUGAAGUUUUUAGCGAGCUGUAGAUGAGGUUUGAGUUGGUAUUCUAGUCUGAGAGAGAGCCUGUGGAGGGGGUUGGCUUUGUACUUUGUUAUUCUUGUUUCACAGUAACAAAUAGUUGAUAUACUUCUAGUUCAAAAAAGUAUUUUGACAUGGAAAUUGACUAAUAAACUUAAAUACAUACUCACAGCAGAGGAGUUAAACUUGCCCUUUGCUGUUAAUCCUGUGACAGUCUAUGGAAAUCCAGAAGGAUGAAUGUGAUGAGAUUUGUUUAAUUUCUGUUGAAAUAAUAUUUUUUUGCCCUGUCUCUAUAGUAAUAUUAAUAGAGCUUCCCAGUCAAGAUUGAACACUUUCAGUCAAAUGCAGACCAACAGAUCUUUCUAUAAGAAAUGCGGUGCUUUUUCUAUUAUAAUUCUUGCUGUACCUCAGUGCUCAUUAUUAAAAACAAACAAACAAACAAAAAAAAAAAAACACAAAAAACUAGCUGCAAUAUACUAAAUCUGUGAUAGGAUUUCCAGUCAGAUUGGAUUGCUACUUUCUCUCUGGUGAGUCAUGUAGUUCCUUUGUUCUAGUAGAAAAACAGAUGCCUGUACAUACUAGUUACUAGAUAGAGUAAAUAUUGUACCAUUGGCCAAAUUCCCUGCAGCUUCCAAUUCCUCUUAAAAAAAAGAUACGUCUGUUACGGUUUUUGGUAAAGACUACAUAAAGUCAAUGGCAGGAAAGGUCCUCCUUGUUGGACUGAUUUUGCUUAUAUUGACAGAAAAAUUUCACAUGAUAGGCUGUGCUUUCUAUUCAACCAUAUCACUAUAGAGGAAUGUCAAUAAAAUCACUUUGUUAUGGUA